AUGGCCGACGGAGCCUAUUUCGUCGGGAGACACGAGCUGUUGGCGUGGAUUAACUCCACGCUGGACCUCAACGUGACCAAAGUGGAACAGACUGCAUCAGGCGCCAUCGCGUGCCAGCUCAUGGACGCCCUGUUUCCCGGCGAGUUCCCGAUGCACAAGGUGGAUUACAACGCGAAGAAUGAAUACGAGAUGAUCAACAACUACAAGACGCUGCAGGCGUUCUUCACGAAGAAAGGCAUUGAGAAGACAACUCAAGUCAACAAACUCAUAAAGGGCCGGCCACUCGACAACAUGGAGUUCAUGCAAUGGUUGAAGGCGUUCUUUGACAGGGAGACAGGGGGCAUGGGCGUUGAGGACUAUGACCCUGUUGGCAGGCGGAUGACUUGCAAGACUGGCGACUUCAGGGGGCCCCCUGGGUCGUCUGUAGGGCGACCUUCCAGCGCAACCAAGCGGGCCACUCCCACAGGUGUGUCCAGCAAGCCUGCAUCAGGUGCCUCUAGGGUGAGGAAGCCCACCACUCUUGCAAAGAGACCUGGAUCUGGCUCAUCAGGCAAGGCAACACCCUCUGCAGCAGCAGCAGCUGCACAUGGUACAGAGGAAGAUGGCACAGAAGAAGAUGUUAGCCAGGAGGGCAACGCUGCAUAUCGUGCUGAACUAGCUGCCAGGGAGGACGAGAUCAAGGAGCUGACGGCCCAGGUUUCUGAGCUGCGGCUUCAGGCAGAGGAAUCUUUGCGAGAGCGGGAAUUCUACUAUGGCAAGCUGCGGGAGGUUGAGAUCCUGUGCCAGACUCCCAAUAUCUGUGACAAUGAGAUGAUCAAGGUUGUGGAACAGAUCUUGUAUGCUCCCAACGAAGAACAAGCGAGGGAUAUUGUUCGCCAGACGCAGAUGGAGUAUGCUGGCCAGGUUUAUGUUGAUGCUGAAGAACAGAAUGGGGAUGCUGGCCAGGAAAAUGGCGGCUAG